GUCAAUAGCCCCAGCACUGUGAGUGCUAAAAUCAAGGGAUUUCACCCAUGUGGUUUCCCCUUAGCAGCAACUCUCUUUUCCCUCCUCCUUCCAAGGAUUGGCUCCAGAAUGCUCUCUCAGAUCCUGAAGGACUAGGCUGGGGGGGUGAGGUACAACCUAAAGAGAAGGUGCUGAUGACUUUUCCAGUAGAGGAAGAAGAGGAAGAAGAAGAGAGUGCUCUGCUCUCUCUCCUAGACAGAGGAAAACUGGAGGAGACAUUGGGGGCUGACUUAGAGGCAGGUGUUUCCAUCCAUUGGCCUCAAGGAGAUGGGUGGGAGCUGGAGGACAUCAGAGCCAAGCUACAGAGAAUGGAGAAAGCCCAUGAGAGACAGGAGCUCAAGGGCAUGGAAGGGGCAGAACAGCGGCAGCCAAAGGAGAGAGAGCUGACCACGCAAGCAUCCAGUCCCCUGCUAUCGCCAGCCCUGAGAGACAAGGAGGCUGCUCAUCUGCUGAGCACAGAACACAGUAUGCCCUUCCCAGGGACACCCAUUGAGAAGUUAGAGGCUGAUCACAGAUCUGUCUACGUAGGUAAUGUGGAUUACAGCGGCACAGCCGAGGAGCUAGAAUCCCACUUCAACUGCUGUGGUGAAAUCAACAGGGUCACCAUCCUCUGUGACAAGUACUCCGGACAUCCCAAAGGCUAUGCCUACAUUGAAUUUGCCUAUAAGGAUUCAGUGAAGACCGCCAUGGAUCUGGAUGAAACUACCUUUAGAGGUCGGAUAAUCAAGGUUCUGCCCAAAAGGACCAACUUUCCAGGGAUCAGCACUACAGAUCGAGGGGGCCUGAGGUCUCGACCUCCUGGCAGAGGAGGCCCUCCUCACCGGUAUAGCCUUUAUAUUGGGGACCGACCAAGGCGCCUAAGGUGGAGAGGUCACAGGGGGCAUGGAAGAUUCUCCCAAUGGUUUGAACCAUAUUAGAAGUUUGGAGUGGAGAUGUGGGCUAUGAAGAAAAAAGGACAACUAAAAUCUGGGACUAUCUUAACUACAUAACUAGAGUGCUCAGCUAGGAUUGGGUGGGUGGGUGGAAUAAAUUUGGUACAGAGUACAAGGCAACCAGCUUUAGGCAAACCUAGAGAUUAAACUACAGACCUUGAGGAGGCCUCAGGUUAGGGGCUCUUUCCUUUUCUGCUUCCAUCCCUGUCUAAAGGCAGAUCAGUCCAUGUUAUCAUAGCGACACAUGGAUUUCCUGAGGGCCAGUGUUCUUAAGAGCUACUCUGAUCUUGGACCUCUAGCCUUUUGAUCCCUUAGACCAAGGCUGGCCGAAUGGGGGGAGUAUGGGAGGGAUAGAACAAAGCUUUAAUUUAACACUGCUUGAUGUUCAAGUCACCAGUUUUAAAUAGAAACAAAUGUACAGUAUGUUUUCUUAAUAAUAUAAAUAAUUAAAUAUGGAAUAUUUUUUUUAAA